CUUUAAUUUUUCCGUUCCAAUUAAAUCGAAUCUCCACCAUUCCUUACACAUUUACCCUCUGUCUGUCUAUCUAUCUAUCUGUUACUAUAACUGCAGUCAAACACAGUAGGGUUCCAGGCUUUAACAUUUUACGACUUUUUAUGGUGAUGAUGACGAUGAUGGUUAUCACUUUUAAGCCACAACUAACUUUGGCCUGAUAUACCUCACGAAACAAAGCUUCAAGUUUUGGACUUUUUAUGUUUUAUACUGUUGUUUUCAGAGACACAGAAAGAGAGAGGAGAUAAAGGAUUGAAGUGGGAUACUUUUUCCUUGUCAUAGAUUUUGAAUCUAUGGAACGUUAUGAGAUUGUGAAAGAUAUCGGGUCUGGGAAUUUUGGAGUGGCCAAGCUGGUCAGAGAUAAAUGGACAAAAGAGCUCUUUGCUGUUAAGUUCAUUGAGAGAGGGCAGAAGAUUGAUGAACAUGUGCAAAGGGAAAUCACGAAUCAUAGAUCAUUGAAGCAUCCCAAUAUUGUUAGAUUCAAAGAGGUUCUUCUUACACCUACUCAUCUAGCCAUAGUCAUGGAGUAUGCUGCAGGCGGAGAACUCUUUGAGCGCAUAUGCAAUGCUGGUAGAUUUAGUGAGGAUGAGGCUAGGUUUUUCUUUCAGCAAUUGAUAGCAGGAGUCAGUUACUGUCACUCCAUGCAAAUAUGUCACAGAGAUCUUAAGCUUGAAAAUACUCUCCUGGAUGGCAGCACAGCACCGCGCGUUAAAAUAUGCGAUUUUGGAUACUCAAAGUCAUCUGUGUUUCAUUCUCAACCAAAAUCUACUGUAGGAACACCAGCUUACAUUGCCCCUGAGGUUCUAUCCAAGAAAGAAUAUGAUGGAAAGAUUGCAGAUGUUUGGUCAUGUGGGGUAACCUUAUAUGUCAUGCUAGUUGGGGCAUAUCCCUUUGAAGAUCCUGAUGAUCCGAAAAACUUUAGAAAGACAAUUGGGAGAAUACUCAGCGUCCACUACUCAAUUCCUGAUUAUGUUCGAGUUUCCAUGGAGUGCAAACAUCUUUUAUCUCGGAUAUUUGUGGCAAAUCCUGAAAAGAGAAUAACUAUACCAGAAAUUAAAAGUGACCCUUGGUUCUUAAACAACUUGCCUAUAGAACUGAUGGAAGGAGGAAGCUGGCAGAGCCAUGAUGUAAACAACCCUUCCCAAACCUUGGAAGAAGUACAGUUUAUAAUACAAGAGGCCAUGAAAACUCCUGAGGUCCCCAAGGUUGGGGGACUUUUCAUGGGAGGAAGCAUGGAUCUUGAUGAUUUAGAUUCAGAUGCAGAUCCUGAAAAUGUAGAGACAAGUGGUGAUUUCGUGUGCCCAGUGUGAACAAAAGUAUAGAAAUACACCUCACUGUCGUGAACUAUUGUUUAUACAAUCAUCAACCUCAGAUUUUUAUUAAUGAUUGAAGAAUUUUCUGUUCAAUCCUUGUCAUGCCACUUGGCUCAUGGAAAACCCAUUUCGAUUUCUUUAUUUGUCAACUUAUUACAAUUAUUUUCUGUAGUUGUGGAGGUUGAAAUCAGCACAAUAAUAAUUGCGUAAACCUUCUCAUAAUUGUUGACACGUAUAGCAUGAUUUAGUCAGCCUAUAUACUUCUAGAAACAGAUAUGGUUUUUUCUGUUAAUAAGGUGUCUUCUUUAAGUGCCCCACCAUGAUUGAUCUUUCUCUUUCGUU